UGACAUACUUUGCAGCCAGUCAGUGGCCACCAGCAGGCUCCGUUUAUUUCUGAAAGAAGGGGGGAGAGAAGCUUUAGACGGCCCUGACCUGUUUUUCUUCUAAUCCGACAAAACCGGGAGCGGAAAUCUUCCUGGGGCGGGAUUUGGAAACGCUGUACGAAAAGGGACGCUACGCGACAGUUCUAGCAGCCGCCGCCAGCCGUGUAAACAAAGCAGGGAGCCGGAUUCCAGUUGCAUAGAGUGGGCCCGACCGAGGCGAGAACUGGUUCUUGGGCAGCGGCAGCCAUUAACUUCUCGUCCUGAGCAGCCAACCGAAGAGAGUUUGCAGGCUGGAGAAGCGCUGCUUAGGGCGAACUCUGCCAAGGGCUAUUGAUGAAAUGUUGACCAAGGACAAAGAAGAGAAAAGUGAUCAGGAAAGUCUCCUGGAGGAGGGCAGGACUAAGCGUGCUCCCUGCUCAAAGGCUUUUGUAGAAAUAAAUGAAACUGUGAUGCCAGAGGAACGUAUUUUAAAGAAAAAACAUGUGUGUCCCGAUUGUGGGAAAAACUUUUGCCGUCGUUCAGACCUUGUCAGGCACCAGAAACUUCAUACAGGAGACAGACCGUAUACCUGUACUAAGUGUGGGAAAGGCUUUGUUCAGAGCACCCACCUGAUUGCACACCAGAAAAGCCAUACAAGAGAGAAGCCCUACCUCUGUCCUCACUGUGGGAGAAGCUUCAACCAGAUCCUAAACUUCAAUAGACACCAGAGAACUCACUCUAAGGAACCACCUUUCAAAUGUUGUGAUUGUGGGAAAACCUUCAAUCGCAGCUCAAAUCUUAUUAUGCAUCAAAGGACACACACAGGAGAGCGGCCCUAUAAAUGCUUUGACUGUGGAAAUAGCUUCAGUAAGAGUUCAACUCUAAUUACACAUCAGAGAAUUCACACUGGUGAGAAACCCUAUAAAUGCCAGGACUGUUGGAAAAGCUUUGGCAGGCGCUCAACCCUUGUUAUGCACCAGAGAAUUCACACAGGGGAAAAGCCUUAUAAAUGCCCUGACUGCCCUGAAAGCUUUAGUGUUAAAUCUGGUCUUCUAAGUCAUCAGAGAAUCCAUAUGACUGAGAAACCUUACCUAUGCCUAGAAUGUGGCAAGAACUUCUGUAGGAGUGCAGACCUCAUUAUUCACCAGAGAAUUCACACAGGAGAAAAACCAUAUAAAUGCAAUGAUUGUGGCAAGAAAUUCAAUACGAAAUCACACCUUGUAACUCAUCAAAGGAUUCACACAGGAGAAAAACCAUACAAGUGUCCUGACUGUGGGAAAGGCUUCUCUUACAGCUCAGUACUUGUUGGCCACCAGCGACUUCACACAGGAGAAAAACCUUAUGCAUGUAUUGAGUGUGGAAAAACCUUCCGUAACAACUCACACCUUAUCACCCACCAUAGAGUGCACACAGGAGAGAAACCUUAUGAAUGCCCUGAGUGUGGAAGGAGUUUCAGUGUAAGUUCAAAUCUUAUGAAGCAUCGAAAACUCCAUGAAAGAGAAACAUCUGUUAAAGAAUCUGAGUAGGAAUGGUAGCUGAUGAAGCUCUGAUUAGCCACCAGAAAUGUUCGUAAACAGGAAGUAAAUGAUGCAUUGUGGAAGCUUGGGUAGAGCAUGAAAACACUUUGCAGUGCACAAUACCCAAAAUGGAAGUGGACAUAGAGUAGCAAGGAAUGUAUACCAUGUCAAAUGUAGAAAGAUCUGGUUCUGGGAAAUCCUGGGGUGUUUUUUUUCUGUUAACGGGUGGGAUGGGGUCAGAAAUCUCUUUUAAGUCCAUGCUCUAUCUGCACCAAGGAAACCCAUUUUUUUGUAUCAAAAGAAGUUCUACAAAUAAAGUAUAUUUGUAC